AUGAAAUCAAUCUUUCCUUUAUUUAAUUAUGAUGUAAAAUCACCACGUCUAUGGACAAUGAACAACUUUGAUAUUGGAAUUGGACUUGGAAAAGGUCAAUUCGGUCGUGUUUAUAUUGCAAAAGAAAAAACAAGUGGUUUUAUUGUUGCUCUCAAAGUGUUGAAAAUAUCCGAAUUAAGAAAAAGUAAAGCGGAAAAACAAUUGGUACGCGAGGUUGAAAUUCAAGCUAAUCUAAGACAUCCGAAUAUUCUCCGUCUUUACGGACACUUUCAUGAUGAAAGGUAUGUCUUCCUAGUUCUUGAAUAUGCCGCCAAAGGAGAACUUUAUCGACAUCUCAAAAGAUGCACUAGAUUUACAGAAAAGAGAACUUCAAGAUAUAUUGCACAAAUGGCUGGAGCUUUAGCAUAUAUUCACGGCAAACAUGUAAUCCACCGAGAUAUCAAGCCCGAGAAUCUGUUAUUAGAUAUGAACGAUCAACUUAAAAUUGCAGAUUUUGGGUGGUCAGUACACGCACCAAGUCAGAGACGUAAAACAAUAUGUGGCACCAAAGAUUACCUUUCGCCAGAAAUGGUUGACAAUCAACCUCAUGACGAGAAAAUCGAUCUUUGGUCAUUAGGUGUUUUAUGCUUUGAACUUUUAACUGGAAGUGCCCCGUUUGAAGAACCGGUUAACGGAAGAGAUACAACUUACAAACGGAUAGCUAAAGUCGACUUCACGAUCCCAGAUCAUGUAUCAGCUGAUGCAAAAGAUUUGAUCGUUUCGUUAUUACAACGCGACCCCAGUAAACGUUUGCCAAUAAAGGAAGUGUUAAGUCAUCCGUGGAUUCUUAAGCAUCAAAGAAAAUCCAUAAUAAAUGUGUAA